GGGAUGGGGCGGGUCCUAUGCUUAACUAGCGCCCCCGUCCACCAUGUUUUCUGACGGACUCUAAAAGCCUUAUGGAAAUGGCCAGAGAGCUCCAGAAAACCUAGGUGCCCUGGCUUUGGUUGAGCCUAGGCUACGCGCGAGCGUAGCGAGACUGUCAUAGCUGGUGUUCCUGGAGAGAGAGGUGAUGGCGUCCAGUAGUAACUGGCUUUCUGGAGUGAAUGUCGUGCUUGUGAUGGCGUACGGGAGCCUGGUAUUCGUACUGCUGUUUAUUUUUGUGAAGAGACAAAUCAUGCGCUUUGCAAUGAAAUCUCGAAGGGGACCUCAUGUCCCUGUGGGACACAAUGCCCCCAAGGACUUAAAAGAGGAGAUCGAUAUUCGACUAUCCAGGGUUCAGGAUAUCAAGUAUGAACCCCAGCUCCUUGCAGAUGAUGAUACCAGACUACUGCAGCUGGAAACCCAGGGGACUCAAAGUUGCUACAACUAUCUAUACAGGAUGAAAGCUCUAGAUGCCAUCCGUGCCUCUGAGAUCCCGUUCCAUGCUGAAGGCAGGCACCCCUGUUCUUUAAUGGGUAAGAAUUUCCGCUCCUACUUGCUAGAUCUGCGAAACACUAGCACUCCUUUCAAGGGUGUUCGAAAGGCCCUCAUUGAUACCCUCCUAGAUGGAUAUGAGACAGCCCGCUAUGGGACAGGGGUCUUUGGCCAGAAUGAGUACUUGCGAUAUCAGGAGGCCUUGAGUGAGCUGGCUACUGCGGUCAAAGCACGAAUUGGGAGUUCUCAGAGACAACACCAGUCAGCAGCCAAAGACCUAACUCAGUCUCCUGAAAUGUCACCAACAACAAUCCAGGUCACAUACCUGCCCUCCAGUCAGAAGAGCAAACGCCCUAAGCACUUCCUCGAACUGAAGAGCUUUAAAGACAACUACAACACGCUGGAGAGCACUCUGUGACGGAGCUGCACACUGGCCAGAUGUGUGGGCCCCAGACUUUAUUGGCCAAAGCAUUCUUACAGUACAGUAUCUCAAGGUCAUUCCCAACCCU